UGAACCAAAAUGAACUUAAUUCGAUACGGUGAACUAAACAUCAGCCGGCUUUUGAGCAGUGAAAAAUUUGGAGGAUUUAAAAAUAUAUUCUCAAAAUGACUGCAUUCGAAGAGUUUGGCGUGCUCCCGGAGUUGGGAAAGGCCACCGACGAGUUGGACUGGACCUUGCCCACUGAUGUCCAGGCAGAGGCCAUUCCCCUGAUUCUGGGCGGUGGCGAUGUCCUGAUGGCCGCCGAAACCGGAUCGGGAAAAACGGGUGCCUUUUGCCUCCCCAUUCUGCAAAUCGUGUGGGAAACGCUGCGGGACCUAGACGAAGGGAAGGCCGGCAAAGGCGGCGCAUCCGGAGGGGGAGCGGUGGCGCCCUGGACCAUGUCCUUCUUCGACCGUGGCAACGCCCUCGCCGUCACCCCCGAUGGACUGCGCUGCCAGUCGCGUGAGUUCAAGGAGUGGCACGGAUGCAGGGCCACCACGGGUGUCCGCGGCAAGGGAAGGUUCUAUUUUGAAGCCACGGUAACGGACGAGGGCCUGUGUCGCGUGGGCUGGUCUACGCAGCAGGCGAACCUCGAUCUGGGGACCUGCCGCAUGGGUUUCGGGUUCGGCGGCACCGGCAAGAAGUCCAACAACCGCCAAUUCGACGACUACGGAGAGGCCUUCGGCAAGGCGGACGUCAUUGGCUGCCUGCUGGAUCUGCAGCGCCUAGAGGUGAGCUUCUCUAAGAAUGGACAAAAUCUUGGCGUUGCCUUUCGCCUGCCAGAGAACCUUGCCAAGGAGACCUUCUACCCGGCCGUGGUGCUUAAGAACGCCGAGAUGCAGUUUAACUUUGGAAAGACUGAGUUUAAGUAUGCCCCAGGCAACGGAUUUGUGGGCGCCUCCAAGGCUGGAGCUGAGCACAGCAAGGCCAACCCGUUGGCCAGUUCAGCAGCUGGCACCGUGACCGCCAAACCGGCACCUAACGCCCCCCAGGCCAUCAUCAUCGAGCCCAGCAGGGAACUGGCCGAGCAAACCUACAACCAGAUCGAGAAGUUUAAGUACCACCUGAGCAAUCCCGAGGUGCGCUCUCUGCUGCUCAUUGGCGGAGUGCGACUAGAAGAGCAGAAGGCGCAGCUUAUGCAAGGGACCCACAUCGUUGUGGGCACGCCCGGUCGUCUGGAGGAGAUGAUUAAUAGCGGCCUGGUCUUGCUCACUCACUGCCGGUUCUUCGUUCUGGACGAGGCGGACGCACUGCUCAAGCAGGGGUACACCGAAUUGAUUGACCGACUGCACAAGCAAAUACCCAAGAUCACGUCGGACGGUCGUCGUCUGCAGAUGGUUGUCUGUUCGGCCACUUUACAUGCGUUCGAGGUGAAAAAGAUGGCCGAGCGGCUCAUGCACUUCCCCACCUGGGUGGACCUGAAGGGAGAGGAUGCCGUUCCGGAGACCGUGCACCACGUGGUCUGCCUUGUCGACCCUCAGCAGGACACCAGCUGGCAGACGCUUCGUCAGCCGAUUGGCACCGACGGCGUCCACGACCGCGACAACGUUUACCCAGGCAAUCCCUCCGAGGAGACGCAGUCACAGGCAGUGAAGUUGCUCAAGGGCGAGUACUGCGUCCACGCUAUAGAUAAGCACAACAUGGACCGGGCCAUCAUCUUCUGCCGCACCAAGCAGGACUGUGACAACCUGGAGAGAUACCUUCGGCAGCGGGGCGGGCAGCGCUACUCAUGCGUCUGCCUCCACGGCGACCGGAAGCCGCAGGAGCGCAAACAGAACCUGGAGAUGUUUAAGCGGCAGCAAGUCAAGUUCCUCAUUUGCACGGACGUCGCGGCCCGUGGUCUGGACAUAACCGGACUUCCUUUUAUGAUCAACGUGACGCUGCCAGACGACAAGACCAACUACGUGCACCGCAUCGGCCGCGUGGGCAGGGCGGAGCGCAUGGGCCUGGCCAUCAGUCUGGUGUCCACGGUGCCGGAGAAGGUGUGGUACCACGGCGAGUGGUGCAAGACGCGCGGCCGCAACUGCAACAACACCAACCUGACCGACGUGCGCGGGUGUUGCAUCUGGUACAACGAGCCGAACCUGCUGGCCGAGGUGGAGGACCAUCUGAACAUCACCAUCCAGCAGGUGGACCGCGCCAUGGAGGUGCCAGUCAACGACUUCGACGGCAAGGUUGUAUACGGCCAGAAAAACUUGAACACGGGCAGCGGCUACCAGGACCACGUUGAGCAGUUGGUGCCCACCGUUCGCAAACUGACAGACCUGGAGUUGCAAUCACAAUCUUUAUUUUUGAAACGCCUUAAGGUCUAGAGCGGAUCUGGAGCGGUAUUUGUUUGCUAAGCAAGGAGAGGGUGUGGUGCAAUGAGGCGACUGCAUGACCAGCUCUCGCGGGAAUACUUUUGCGGCACAGACACACAUAAAUAUGUAGGAAAUAGGAGCUGUUGCUCUGUCAUUACGAGUAAACAUUCAAUUAAACUAACUUUAAAAUCUUC